UAUAUGUGGAAUAUAUAUAAUUAGGUCGGUAAUGUCUGUAAGAAGCUCAGCUGAUGAGUGUAAACAUGGCGGCUGUGGUGGUAGUGAGAGCUAGACGCUGCUCUCCAUCCAUUAAAACUCUCCUCCACACUUAUAGAAAUGGACAUAAAAGUCGACAUGUGUUGGGAGCAAGAUUUUGUUCCAUAUACACUACAGAUCCCAUCGAUCCAAAAGAAGCCACUUUUGAGAAAAUUAUGAUAGCUAAUCGAGGAGAGAUUGCAUGCAGAGUAAUUAAGACUGCCAAGAAGAUGGGAAUCAAGACAGUGUCUAUUCAUUCUGAUGUUGACUCUAAUGCUCCACAUGUAAAGUUAGCAGAUGAAGCGAUAUGUGUAGGUACAGCUCAGGCUCGAGACUCUUACUUACGCAUGGACCGAAUACUAGAAGCAAUUAAGCUCACUGGAGCCCAGGCUGUCCAUCCAGGAUAUGGAUUCCUAAGUGAAAAUGCCGAGUUUGUUCAAAAGCUGGAAGAUUUAGGCGUUUCUUUCAUUGGUCCAAAUGCCAAUGCUAUCACAGGAAUGGGUGACAAACUGGAAUCAAAAAGACUUGCAAUGGAAGCAGGUGUCAAUACUAUUCCAGGUUUUGACGGAAUAGUUAAGGAUGCUGAAGACUGUGUACGUAUUAGCAGGGAUGUUGGAUACCCAGUUAUGAUCAAGGCCUCUGCUGGAGGGGGUGGUAAAGGAAUGAGGAUUGCCUGGAAUGAUGAAGAAGCCAGAGAAGGGUUUAAACUUUCUUCACAGGAAGCUGCAUCAAGCUUUGGUGAUGACAGAAUCCUGGUGGAAAAAUUUGUAGACAACCCUAGACAUAUCGAAAUUCAAGUCUUGGGUGACAAGCACGGCAAUGCCAUUUACUUGAACGAGCGAGAGUGCUCCAUUCAACGCCGUAACCAGAAGGUGAUUGAAGAAGCACCAAGUGUCUUCUUAGAUGAAGGUACGAGGAAGGCCAUGGGCAAGCAAGCAGUAGCUCUUGCCAAGAGAAUUGGGUAUUCCUCAGCUGGAACUGUGGAGUUCCUUGUCGACUCUCAGAGGAACUUUUACUUUUUAGAAAUGAACACUCGACUUCAAGUGGAGCACCCAAUUACAGAGUGCAUAACUGGUGUAGACCUUGUUCAUCAGAUGAUCCGGGUUGCUAAAGGACAUCCUCUCAGAAUUCAGCAAAGUGAUAUCCAAUACUGGCGCUAUAAGGUAAGUAAGCUGAGAUCCUUCAAGACUUGGCUUGCUUCAUGGUCGCUCAGUACCAAGAGCUCUGCACUUACAAAUCAGUGUGUUAACCACUUGUAUCAGCAAGCAGGGAUUCCUGUGGUACUUACUAGAGACAUUAACCUUCAAGGACAUAUUUGUGUAUGUGUAAAAACAUUAGUUAUUUCGUAUUUUCAGGUGAGAUGUGAUAGUGGUGUUGAAGAAGGAAGUAAUAUUAGCAUAUACUAUGAUCCUAUGAUUUGUAAGCUGGUGUGUUAUGGCAGCAAUAGGGAAGAAGCCAUUGAAAACAGCAUCAAGGCCUUAGAUGCUUAUGUUAUUAGAGGUGUAACGCACAACAUCCCUCUGUUGCGGGAUAUACUUACCGAAGCUCGUUUUGUAUCAGGAGACAUCUCAACAAACUAUUUGCCAGAAGUUUAUCCUGAUGGUUUUAAAGGAAAGCAGUUAACAUCACAGGAGCAGAUAAAUCUGACAGCAAUGCUAGCAUCAGUCCACUUGAAGAACACCUUAAGAAGUCGCAACUUUGUUAAUCAGUCUCGAGUCAAAGGCAGCAGUAAAUUACCAACCUGCAACCUCAUCAUUAAGUAUGGUGAUAAAGAAGUACCAUGUUCAGUUAAAGUUGAUGAUGGAAAUUUCAAGGUUACUGUGAAUGGUGCGACUGUGACAGUUAAUGACCAGUUUGAUUUGGCAUCUCCUCUUAUUGAAGCAAAUAUUAAUGGAACUUGGGAAACUGUGCAGCUUAUUAAACUUGGACCAGCUGGGGAAAUCAGGAUUAGGUACAGAGGGACUGCAUUCCAGUGUCAGGUUGUGUCUCAAGAGGUGCACCGCUACUUCUCCCUCAUACCUGAGAAACCCAAGGUGGGUCACUAAUAUCAAAAGUUUGCAGUUGUAAAUAAAGGAAUUAUUUUAGAGCAGAAAGUGAAAAAUGG